AAUAUAUUUACAGUGAGUUUUCUAAUCCGUUGCAAACUUAUGAACACUACAUAAAUCUCUCUCUCGCGGAAGCGAAUUAGCUAAAGUUCUCUCUCGUUGAGAAAAAGGUCCAUUUUUUUCCACCUCCGAGCUGCAUGACCAUGGGCUUCCCAGCUGGGUACAGUGUGGUUUUCUUCCACGCACUUUCCGUUCUGGAUUUCAUAAGAAGUUUCAUUUUCUUGCUCUCUCACUUCUUGGGUCUCUCAGACUUCCUCAAAACCUACUCAAUUCGGCCGGUUGACGAGGCCCGGAUGCCUGAACACAAACCCAAACUUGUGUUCGCGCUCCUGAUCCAGGAAUUCCUGCCCGUGAUGAAGUUCCAGGACCUGGCGGAGUCUGCCCGCCCCGGGGACCUGCCGGAAAGCUGUGCGGUUUGUCUGUACGAGUUCGAGGGUGGGGAAGAGAUAAGAUGGUUGAGGAAUUGCAGGCACAUUUUCCACCGGACUUGUCUGGACCAAUGGAUGGACCAUGAUAGAAAAACUUGUCCUCUGUGUAGGACCCAGUUUGUGCCUGAGGAGAUGAAGGAUGAGUUCAAUCGACGGCUUUGGACUGCUUCCGGUCAUGGGCCUGAUCUUUACAGUGAGUAGUCAUGAUACAGUCCUGUACGAGGGUUUUUUGUACGGUGGGUGUCAUUGAAUUGAACAUUUUGUAAUGUAAAUAUACAUCUAUGCAUAACAAAAAUCAAUAAAUUCAUGUUAUGUAAAUUAAACCAUUUGAAACCAACAAAAAA